AUAGCUUUGUUCACAAUUUAACCCAUAUCUAACCCAUAUCUUCUUCGGCCAGUAUCCCGUUUCCGGUCGGCUUCGGGGGCGGUGUCGUUGGCAUCUACCUCUUCAGUGCUAAUCCAUCGUUCCUGUGUCACUAGCCCCCGGUAAAAGUCAGCAGAUAUCAAACAAAGGACCUCUUGUGGGUGCAGUACUAACGUUACCGGUCAUUUUCAUAAGAUCAGAAGUCGAUGAGGCGAUGAAGGAGAAUUGGUAUAAUAAGGAGUCACGGAUAGAACCAGAAAGACCAUCUUAUUACUGUCCAAGAACCAGUCCUGCAGCAACAGUAACUUCUUCCAACUACCACGGACAGUAGCAACGAGCUAGGUACUAUCGAACCCCGAUAAUUUUCAACGUCAUCAUGGUGGCUAUCAUCGCGCUCCUCUCCUUGUUAUUGACCUCUACUUUCAUCUCUUCGGCACCUGCAUCAGCGGCAACUGAGGUACAAGAUCCUUCUCCCGGCAAUGGUCGUCGUAUUAGACCUUACGGGCGCUCUGAUCUCUGUAUAAUGGUCGGCAACGGUUACGCCGCCUAUGGUGCGGCUGUGAACAUCGCCUAUUGCCAACCCAAUGAAGCUACCUGGGCCCCUUUGCAGCUCUGGAACGUCACGAACGACUCUAUUGGGCCUAUCUCUCUCCAAAACAAGAUUGGCGACAUGUGUCUCUCUGCGGGUGAUAACCCUGUUUCUGGGUCCAGUUUAACCCUCGACCAUUGCGGAAACGGGCAAAAACAGACAUGGAACUAUAGUGCCCAGGACAAGAUCCAGCUCGACUCCACUGACCUCUGCCUCGACGUGAAGGAAGGAUCAGGGCAGAUUAAUCAAAAUCCCUAUGUCAUUGUGAAGGAGCUUCAGGUUUGGGAGUGUGCCGACAACAAUGACAAUCAGGUAUUCUUCGAGCUUCCUUACCCUAACAAUUAAGACAGAACAGCUUUCGAAAAUAUUUACAAAGAUAUGGCAGACUGUAGUGUCCAUAUCAUACAUAUGCAUCAUGUAUUAAUUUUGU